UCCCAGCAAGCUGGCCCUCCCUCCCCUGCAAAUGUCCCACCUCUAUACAAAUAAUGUGGAGUAGAGUCCUUUCCAUAAACUGCUACUUAUGUUGAAUCACUAUUCAGCAAAAUAAAGAACAUCUGAAUAAGAAAGUCAUCUAUCUUCCUGAAAACACCACUGUCACCCUAUUACUCUUCUUCAGAAAAGCCUUCAGUGAUUAUCCAUUAACUAGACAUUGGAGUGUGAUACUGACUUCACUCCAUCUCCCCACCUCCUGGUCACCACACCAGCACCACCUUAUUUAUCCCCUCUGCCUCCCAUAAAGCCAGAGAUGCCAGCUAGUUGGUUCCCUCCAGGUUCCCCAAGUAACUGCCCCUUCCUGCUAAGGGCCGUGCUCAUCUUCCAUCCUGAAAUGCUCCAGGACGUGGUCGUGACGUGGCGCUUCAAGUCCUUCUGCAAGGACCCCAUCUUUGACUACUACUCUGCGUCAUACCAGGCAGCUUUAUCCCUGGGCCAGGACCCUUCCAAUGACUGCAAUGACAGCCAGCGGGAGGUCCGCAUCGUGGCCCAGAGGCGGGGGCAGAAUGAGCCUGUGCUGGGGGCGGAUUACCGGCAGCGCAAGAUCACCAUCCAGAACCGAGCAGAUCUGGUGAUUAAUGAAGUGAUGUGGUGGGACCAUGGAGUGUAUUACUGUGCGAUUGAGGCUCCAGGGGACACAUCAGGUGACCCAGAUAAGGAGGUGAAACUCAUUGUCCUGCACUGGCUGACGGUGAUCUUCAUCAUUCUGGGAGCCCUCCUCCUGCUCCUGCUGAUUGGAGUGUGCUGGUGCCAGUGCUGUCCCCAAUAUUGCUGCUGCUACGUCCGCUGCCCCUGCUGUCCCACCCGCUGCUGCUGCCCUGAGGAAGCCCUGGCCCGCCACCGCUACAUGAAGCAGGCUCAGGCCCUAGGCCCUCAGAUGAUGGAAAAACCCCUAUACUGGGGGGCGGACAGGAGCUCUCAGUUUUCAUCUUAUCCAAUGAACCAGCUGCUUCAGCGAGAUUUGUCCCUGCGAUCCAGCCUCCCACAAAUGCCAAUGACCCAGCCCACCAAUCACCCUCCCAUCACUAACGGUGUCCUAGAGUAUUUGGAGAAAGAGCUGCGGAACCUCAACCCAGCCCAGCCCCUACCCCCUAACCUCAAAGCCAUAUCUGGCCAACCCUGCAGUAUGCUGUCCUCCUUGGGCUCUGAGAUUGUGGAACGCAGAAUCAUCCGCCUGCCCCCACUGAGAGACCUGCCAUCUUCUCUGAUGACCAGCAACUCCUCCCACCAGCAUUGGCUCGCUCCAGUUCCCCCUGGAGCCUGGGAUCUGAGGGAGGAGAGGAGGCAGCACCACCACUCUGGUUUCCACCAGGAGCUGCAGGACCGGCAGCCUCGGCGCUGGGCGUUGGAAGGAAGGGAGCUGGACCAGCUUCGGAGUGGAAGGCACCGCAGCUCCAGGCCGAACACGUCAUCCAGGCCCUGGUCAGACAGGGAUAGCCUCAGCGAUGUCCCUUCGUCCAGUGAGGACCGCUGGCGGUUCACGCACCUGCCUCUCAGGAGCCGCUACCCAGACAGACCCCGCAGGCCCAGCCCCCGGGAGAGCAUGCACAGGCACCAGAGGCGCAGGCCCCGCAGCUACUCCCCUCCCCUGCCCUCAGGCUUCAGUUCUUGGAGCUCGGAAGAGGAGAAGGAGAGGCAACCCCGGAACUGGGGGGCCCGCCGCCGCCGCUCCCACUCCCCAAACUGGCCUGAGGAGAAGCCGCCCAGCUACCGCUCACUGGAUGUCAUCCCAGGCAAGAAUGGCAGGAAAAAAGGGAAUGUGGAGAGGCGCUCGGAGAAAGACAGCUCCCAUAGUGGAAGGAGUGUGGUCAUUUAGUCACCGGAUGUGGCACUACUUCUGUGGUGACUCGGCUCCUGCACAUCAUCGGUAUCACCUACACUUCCAGGUGACUUGGGAAGGACACUGCAAGUCUGUAUCUUACAACUUUUGGCUUAAAUUCUGAGAAUCAAAUAGGAGAAUUUUAAAAGCAAGAGUUUUAGGAAUUAAUGACUUAGUUUCAGACUUGGCUCACACUCUCUGAAUAUUUAGACAGUCUCUGACUUGUAAGGGACCCAAGUGAGAUGUGAUUCCUCAAGAACUUAAUUGCCUGAGUCCUCAACUAGGUUACACUACUCAGAACCAUGGCCAUUCUCAAAGUGAGAACUCAGGAAUCUUUAAGAAAAAAGUCAGACAUGUUUCAGGAGCAGGAAAUCUAUGGAGUACAAUAGGAUAAUUUCCAUGGGCACUUCUCUCACUCUGUAGCAUAUCUAGAGGGUCCCUCCCACCUUGCUGCCCCCGUGCCUGGUCCCAAGUGCCCAUGAGGGCCCAGUAAGAGAUGGCACAGUAAAUACUCCCAACAGUGUGCUCUCUUAUGAGCCAUUUAUUCCAAGUGUAGCAGAGAAGCAGUUUUGUACCAGCUUGUUUUCCUUUUGUUCAUUUUAUGUUUUUGCUUAUAUCUAACUUAUAUUUUUGUAAAUGGUAUGUAGCCAUUAAAAUGGCUUUAAAUGUUUCUUGGGAACAACAGAGUAUAUAAAUAAGAAGGAAAUAAAAAUGUACUGGCGUGAGGAUUCUGCCCCAAAUAAAUACCUACUUUGGUGCAUUUGA